CUACCUCAGUCUUAGUGCGCUGCGCUCUCACACUGUCACUGUUACUCUCUAUCUCUCUCUAUCCAUCUCUCUCUCUCUCUCUCUGUUUCCUCUCUCCGUCUCUCUCUCUCUCUCUCUCUGUUUCCUCUCUCUGUCGUUCUCCCCCAACCUGCGGUAGAGUACCUGUGUGUAGAAGAGUGUGUCGGGGCCGAGCAAGAGAGGAGCAGGACAGGACAGAGGUGUGAAGAGACCGCUGACAGACUGACAGGCUGACGGACUGACAGGAAGUUUCUCACCUGCCCGCGGUGUCUCUGAGGGGUGAUGAGGAUGAACUGACUCUUUUCUUUCAUUCAGCUUUCUUUUUUUUCUCCUGGAAUGCUAAACCUGGACUGACUGAUGGAUGUUUCUGAACUGUGUGUCCCCCUCUGCUAUCACGACCAGUUGCUGAGCAGGAUGCCCUCUGACCUCCAGGAGCGUCACCUGACCUCCAGCUGUGGCUCUUACAUCAAGACAGAGCCCUCCUCCCCUUCCUCCUCAUUAGUCGACACCGUCAGUCACCACAGCCCCUCUGCCAAUAGCGACGCCAGCAGCGGCUACAUCAACGUAAACAACCUCGCACGCUCGCACGCCCUCGACUCCCAGCCCAUGUUCAACCCAGGCGUGCUAGGAGGGGGCGGAGCCUGUCUCCGACGCUAUGACGACUGCGGAGGGGGCGUGGCAGAUGAUUCACCAAUCAAGUGCGAGUAUAUGUUGAAUGCGAUUCCGAAGAGGCUGUGUCUGGUGUGCGGGGAUAUCGCAUCAGGUUACCACUACGGGGUCGCCUCCUGUGAGGCCUGCAAAGCCUUCUUCAAAAGGACCAUUCAAGUCAGCAGACGCUCUAAUCCAGAGCAACAUACAAGGAACAUAGAGUACAGCUGUCCCGCAACAAACGAGUGUGAGAUCACCAAGAGGAGACGCAAAUCCUGCCAGGCCUGUCGCUUCAUGAAGUGUCUCAAAGUGGGCAUGCUCAAAGAGGGUGUGCGUCUGGAUCGUGUGAGGGGUGGAAGACAGAAGUACAAGAGGAGAAUGGGGGACACAGAGAACGGGACCUGUCUAGGCCUGACGCUCCCCCCUCCUGCCAAAAAGCCAUUGACAAAGAUCGUGUCUCACCUGCUGGUGGUGGAACCAGAGAAGAUCUAUGCCAUGCCAGACCCGACCAUGCCAGACGGAGACAUCAAGGCCCUGACCACUCUGUGUGACCUGGCUGACAGAGAACUGGUGGUCAUCAUCGGCUGGGCCAAACAUAUCCCAGGCUUCUCCAGCCUGUCUCUGGCAGACCAGAUGAGUCUACUGCAGAGCGCCUGGAUGGAGAUCCUGGUCCUGAGUAUCGUGUUCCGCUCGCUGGCCUGUGAGGAGGAGCUGGUGUAUGCUGAGGACUAUGUGGUGGACGAGGAGCAUGCUCGUCUAUCUGGCCUGCUGGACCUGCACGUAGCCAUCCUGCCUCUGGUCCGCCGCUAUAAGAAGCUGAGCAUGGAGAGGGAGGAGUUUGUCACGCUCAAGGCCAUCGCCCUCGCUAACUCAGACUCCAUGCAUAUAGAGGAUGUUGAGGCUGUUCAGAGGCUCCAGGACUCUCUCCAUGAGGCCUUGCAGGACUUAGAAGGCGCCCACAACACGGAGGACCCUCGGCGGGCAGGAAAGCUUCUGAUGACCCUUCCCCUGCUCCGUCAGACCGCCGCCAAGGCCGUGCAGCACUUCUACAGCAUCAAGGUGCAGGGGAAAGUGCCCAUGCACAAACUCUUCCUGGAGAUGCUGGAGGCCAAGGCUUGAGGAUUGGGCCGGGGGCUUGACGGACAGCUGCUUAGCCCAACGAGGAUGAAGGACAGCCCGUGAAUAGGUGGGGCAACGCCAUGGAGAUCUAUGACAGCUAUGGGAUAAAGUUGACUGCUGUUUCUGUGGAUCGAACCCCACGUCUAGAACUGAAGAGAAGUGGAAUAGAGCAAAAAAUAAACAAUUGCAAACAGAUUUUAGAAUAUAAAACGCUUGAUGUAGGAUAUAGUCAUGUAUAUGAAGAUACUGUGUACAGAACUGUGGGUCUUGUUAUAAGCAGAGACCCUUUGCUCUAGAUCAUCUGUAGCUAAUGGAAGGUUUGGUUUCUUUCGUUUCACCUUGAAGCUGAAGUAUGAAUAUGAAUAAUAUGUUCUGAUGAAUCUGAAUGGUUAGAGCCACUCAAUUAUUAACUUUCUCUCUUGUUUUUUAAUCUCAGUUGUACAGCAUUACAGUCUGGUAUACAUGUAUGUAUUGUUAGUGUGUCAAAUUGCAGUGUACGGGUUGGGGACGAUUUCACAUUGUUAUUGUUCUUCAUCAACCUCAAAGAAACAGAUUCAUACACCUAUGAAGAUAAAAGCUUCUGAAGUCUUCCUAACCAGAACUGGGUUCAAAUUAAAUGGAACACUUUUCAAAAUAUUUUGAACAUUUGAUUGAGUCUGCCUGGAGUGCCAGAUGGGUGGGGUUUGCCCUUUUGGGACUAUGCCAUUAAUUCAGUUGGCCAAGCAAGCUCAUUCCAAAUACUAUUUGAGCCCAGGUCUGUUCGUAACAUAUUUACCUCCUUGUAGUUUCAUCAACAACACUGUUCCAGCCAGGUCUGGUGCUUAGGGAGGGAUAGAGUGCACUCUUCAACAAAAAAUAUCUCUACAACCUUAAAGGGUUCUUUGGCUGUCCCCGUAGGAGAACCCUUUGAAAAACACUUUUUGGU